UGUUUACUCACUCUGAAGUCCAGUUUUUCUGUGUGUUUUUUUUCACUUGUUACUCAGUCUUGAGACUUUAUUGAACCAUCAAGUCAAAUAAAAAUGACCCUGCACAGUGAGCACAAGAUGUCGACCUCUGCUGGGGUAGCAUUACUUUUCUUGCUCAAUUUGCCAAGUGUCAAGUUGUGCCCAGUAUCUUGCCAAUGCACAGAACUCGGUGACCAGGGCCUCAAAGUUGACUGCAGCUCAAAGCAUCUGAAGGAAGUUCCUGGUCUCCCUGGAAACACAGUUGAGCUUUACCUACAGAACAACUAUUUAACCACAAUUGCUCCAGGCAUGUUUGACAAGCUUCAGAACCUGAGGAAGGUCAACCUCUCCAACAACCCAUGGGAAUGUGAUUGCCAUAUUACAUAUCUCAAACACUGGCUAGAAGACCAACAGCUCAAUUCUAAUCCGUCAGUCUAUUGUUCUACUCCUGUUUUAAUUAAUGGUAAACAGCUACUGAACCUAACAGGGAAUGAGUAUGUUGUUUGUACCAGCCAUGAAUUAAUCCAAUGUAAACAACUUCUUUACAGAAGUAUUUGGCUGGUUGCUGCAUUUUUGCUUGUUUUUAUUUUGUUGCUGUGCACAGUCUGCAUUGCAAAGCACUUGAACUUCUGGAUUUUUAUGACAGGUUCUUACUUUCUGCCAGAAAGCCCUAGAAGCAGAUUAAAAGGUCAUUAGAAAAAUCUAACAGAUUUGACUAACAGUGCAUUCCCACAGCGUUUGCCCUAAAAUUCUCUGUAAAGCAAUGCCACUACUGACAGAGUCCCCUGCAUCCAGGAGUUUCAGUGCUAGUCUGUUGACAAUUAAAUGGUUGGAGUGUUUUUGCAGUAAUGGCAGAGGUAAUUCUGAAGUCGAGGGAAAUUAAAAGUCUGGAGCAUUGUAAACUGGGCUGUCGAGUUGCUAUCACUUGUAUUACACCAAUACACAAAACCAACAUUACCAUCCAAUAUAUUCCUUUAAAUUUUCUUCCCUUCUUUUUAGGUCUCUGCUUAACAGCACAACUAGCAAAUAAUUAAUUGACACAGUAUUAAUUGCUUUUGCUGAUCCAGCAAAUCCAGAUCUCUACGGUCAGAACUUUUAAUUCAGCAUGUGGGACGUGCCCAACCCGACCAGAUGUGAAACCGCGUGAGAUGACAUCGGGCAAGCAUCCCAACCUUGUCAUGUGCUCGCGCAAUAUUUUGGGUCGGUGGGUGUGAGCAAAAGUUGGAAGUGUGCUUGCCGACAAUUAAAAGGUCAAUUAGUGUAAUUAAUGUUGCAAUUGUCUCCAAUUUUUCGUGGUCCAUCCAACCUUAUGGUUGGCAGACGGGUGAAUUGGCCAGGCGGACUUUGCGUUUUCCAUGAAACCCCGUCCAAGGGCAGGAUGAGGUUUCUGUUAUUAAAUUAAAAAAAGGUCUAUGGACAGCAUUUUUAUCAUGUAUAUGUUCAGGUGAUUGUGAUGCUUGGACAUUUUUCUCCUGAUUUUAAAAACUUUAUUUAAUUGUUUUCAAGCCUUCAGCUCCUUGAGGCAGCUCUCUGCCUUCAGGGAGCUUUCAUUCAGUGCUCGCCCGUCGUUGGGGGCUGAUUGCAGUCAGCGGUCCAUUCCCCGGCUGAUCCAAUCCGGCAUGCUGACCUAAAAAUCCUGCCCUAUUACUCCGAAAUCACAUACUGAAGCCCUCAAGUUCUGUGAUCACAGUCUAUGUUAAAUAAUCUGCUUUUGGCUGCAAAAUCAAGUUGCUCACAAUUUCAAUGACCCAAAUCAUAUUCCUUCUUAAUCAUCAUUUUCCUCUAUAUUGAAAUCAAUUUUUGUAUUUAAAAGUGCACUUUGAAUUGAAGUGGCUCAAUACACAUUCGUGCCCAUGGUCUUUUAUGUAGUUUGGAGUUGAUUGUCUAUAUGCCUCGUCCUGUUCAGGACAGAAAAGAAGGAAAAUAAUGAGGGUCAAGUAAAUAUUCAGUGAUUUUUUUUCCCCUAUUUACAAAUGAUAAAUUUCUCCUGUCAAAUAUCAGAAUUUGAGAAACAAUAAGCAUGUUUCACCUGCAGUUUUUUUUAAAUAACUAACAAUAACAUUGCUGUGCUUUUCAUGCUGAUAGAAAAUUACAAUCGUAUUGCAACUGUAAAGAAAUAAAUGUUUUAAAAUACUAAA